CUUCCAUUCAUUUUCCCUAGUGAUAUGGUCACCUCCCCGGGGAUCAUUGGCGGCUAGUGGAGGGGGAAAACAAGUGAGUGCCAGCAAAGUCUUGGCUCCUGUCAGCUUAUUUGGGGUGGGUUCAUAUAUUUAAUUAUUUCAACAGCAUGUAAUCCGCCGUUCAGGUUCUUAGUAAGGCUAGCAAGAAGCCAGUCACAGCCGGCCAAGGAAAAGGAGGAAAGACUCCAAAAUGAAGGUUAAUGACUGGGCGGCUCCAGCUCACGUGAUCCUGAAACUGUUGGGUUCUGGACAGCAUUUGCUGUGAAGCAGCCUGUCACGGUGGUGCUCGGAACAAGGUGUGACCUGUUUGCUGUCUGGCUGAGCCAAUCAAAGCCGUACUCUGUGAACUUCAUUCAAGUUAAACAGACACUUAAUGAUGUGUGUAAAUACACCCUUCGCCAGAGAGACUUAACAGGAGCCUCUAAAGGAGACCGGGAGACUGGCUUUUUUCCCAGGCAGAGAAAGAUUGACAAAUUUUCCUUGGAUUUAACCCUCUUUCAGAAGUUCAGAAUGUCAGAAGGGGAGGACUUUGGGCAAAAUCAAAGCUGGGAAGUCAUUGAUCCCAAAUCUGAAUACAGGCUGAGGCUAAACCAAUGUGUGGAAGAAAGGCUGAUGAGCUUCUUCUUGUUUCUCCAUGAAAUGGCCCACUUCAAAGAACAGAAUCCUGGCAAGUUUUGCCUCCUGGUCUGUAGUGUGUGCACAUUCUUCACAAUCUUGGGAAGUUACAUUCCUGGAGUGGUCUUCUCCUACCUUCUGUUAUUAGGAGCCUUUCUGUGUCCACUCUUCACAUGCAGUGAAUUUGGGCAGAAAGUAUUUUGCAACAUGAAGUCAGUUCUGCUGAAACUGGACUUUGGUAUCAGGGAUUAUAUCAACCAGAAAUUGAAAGAGAGAGCUGAAAUGAUAAAAACAAAGCUGAUGGAAGAUGACAGUGAGCUAGACAUAUCAUCUUUGUGUCCUAAGGUUAGCCCUGCCGUGGUGGCCCAAGAGAUGUCUGUAUCGGAUACAGAUGUAUCCGAAGUAUCUUGGACUGACAAUGGAACUUUCAAUCUAUCUGAGGGAAAUACUCCACAGACAGAUACUUCUGAUGAUUUUGACCGGCCAAGUGACCACGAGGAAGCGUUUGCGAAAGAGCUUUUGGAAUUCCCGUCUGUGGAAAAUGGCGCAGGAACAAACGACGAGGACGAUUUGAGCAUCGGCCUGCCCGUGCCGCGACAUGGGGGGAGGGACCGCUGCCCUGCCGUGUCUUCCCAGCAGGAGGGGCUCUCUGCAGCAGGUCUCUCCUUGCCUCUGCUCAACAGCCAGGCCUUCAGCUUGGUCCAGGCCAUGGCCUCCGAUGUGGUGGCCUCCGCGGUGUCAGCCGCCGUCAGAGACCAGCUGCAGUCCAUGCAGGCAGGCCCAGACUUAAACGAAGAGACGGACUCAGAGGGAGGGGAUGACUUUGAACUGCUGGACCAGUCGGAGCUGGAGCAGAUCGAAAGUGAACUGGGCCUUGCGAAAGGCCAAGAGGCAGAGCCCCAAGAGAAGAAGUUCUCCGGCUUCCUGUCUAACUUGCUUGGGAGCCAUUAAUGUGGAAACUGGAGCUGCUUAACAAUAUAGUGAGAACAAAAUAUUAUAGGCAACGUGAAAAAUGCAAAAAGGAAAAUGACUAGCUGUGAGCUUUAACUAUUAUUAUUCUAGAUGUGCUGUAACGUUCUUGAUGCUGGGUGCACUAACUUGUUACAGAUCUGUUGAUGCUGAUAGUUUUGUUUCUCAUAGCGAUGCCAUAGAAAUGAAAUGGAGAAAAAAAAAUCCCAUUAUUCUGUCUCAGAGGAAUUUAAGAAACAAAUUUUUUUUGUUAAAAAAAAGAUUAAAAUUGCCAAAUGUAGCACCCUCCAGGCUUGAACCAAAUCCUCUUCACCUCCUAUCUGUUUACUCUGACGUUUCAAGCAUCGACGCACCAGUGAAACUACACACCGGAACCGAGAAGCCGUCAUGUCCUGGCUGCUGCCAUAGCGGACGAUGGCAACCCUCCGAAGAAAAUGGACGUGUCAUAGGUUCACUGACCCUGAACACUGUACCAAAUGGCAUCUCCAAGUGUCUGGAUCCAUACGUUGUCCCAACUCUGUUCCUCUGGCUUGUGUUACCCCAUUUGAACUCCCAGAGGUUCUCCUAGGUAGGAUAGGGCGAUGACAUUUCCAGGUUGCAUCCAUUCUAUAGGCCUUGUAGCCCGACAAAAUGGCAUGCCUUCGUACUUCCACGUACCUUCUAUCAUUUUGUAUUGGACUGCAAGGUCAGAAGUAUACAUGCCAUCAGUAGAUAGUCCGUAUAUAUGCAUUGGCAUGGGGUGGAGGACAGUUGGGCAAAUCUUCUUACAGUCUCCUCGCCUGCCUUUUCCAUCACGGCUGUAUUCUUUUGUCCUAGAAUAUUAGAAGUGACAAUCAUAGACUGCUGCUGUGGAAGAAAUUUGAAAUAUUCCUGAUAUAAAAGAUGGCGCCAUCCGGUUUGAACACCUUGUGUGCUCUGUGGCUGACUUUGGGUCCUCGUAAACCAUGCCACCGACUUAAUUUUUCUAAGCUUUGUGAUUCAGCUUUUAAAACUGAGGGUAAGAGGCAGUGCCUUAUCAGGGUUAACCAAAGUUUAGAGGGGAAAAAUAACUGCUAGAGUUUGUAGUGUCGUAUUAAGGAGCUGCGGUGGCUCAAGUGGUUAAGACGCUGAACUGCAGGCUGUGGAAGGUCAGC